CCUCAGAUAUUGUAUCGGAACCGGUGGUUAUGGGAAUGUCUACCGAGCACAACUUCCAAGUGGGAAAUUAGUUGCCUUGAAGAAACUUCAUCGUCGAGAGGCAGAGGAGCCGGCUUUUGACAAGAGUUUAAAAAAUGAGGUGGAACUGCUCACACAAAUACGUCACAGGAGCAUUGUAAAGCUUUAUGGAUUCUGUUUGCACCAGCGCUGCAUGUUUCUUGUUUACGAGUACAUGGAAAAGGGAAGCUUGUUUUGUGCCUUGAGAAAUGAUGUUGGAGCCGUGGAACUGAAGUGGAUGAAAAGAGCACACAUCAUCAAAGACAUUGCUCACGCAUUAUCUUACUUGCAUCAUGAUUGCAACCCACCAAUUGUUCAUCGAGACAUAUCAAGCAGCAAUGUUCUGUUGAAUUCAGAAUUCAAGUCUUUUGUUGCUGAUUUUGGUGUGGCUAGACUUCUCGAUCCUGAUUCGUCCAACCAUACUGUACUUGCUGGUACCUAUGGAUACAUUGCCCCAGAGCUGGCUUAUACUAUGGCGGUGACAGAGAAAUGUGAUGUUUACAGCUUCGGAGUUGUGGCGCUUGAAACUUUGAUGGGAAGGCAUCCGGGAGAUAUCCUAUCAUCAUCUGCUCAGGCUAUUACACUGAAAGAAGUGUUAGAUCCUCGUUUGCCACCUCCAACAAAUGAGAUUGUCAUACAGAAUAUAUGUACCAUUGCAAGUCUGAUAUUUUCUUGCUUACAUUCAAAUCCAAAAUAUCGACCUUCAAUGAAAUUCGUGUCUCAAGAAUUUCUAUCUCCCAAGAGAUUAUUGGGAGGUCUCGAGAUUUCUUUCUUGGAACUGCGAAAUCUUGGCAUGCACACAAAUGUAGGUGAGAUCACAGUUCCUCGCUGAAAAAGUCAACUUUGAGCUCACCUGGAACUUCAACGAGAGCCUCCAAGAGCAUGCGUUUAUAGAAUUUCUUAAUUUUGGAAUAAUUUUUUUUUCUUUUGUUUUAGUACACUACAUGUCUUUGUAAUAUUUUAGUGUGACAUUGUAUGCAAUUUUAAUAAUGCACACUUUUCUUGUGCAUGAUAGCUAGUAUCAAUAUACAUGAGCAUCAUAUUAAGUACUCUACCUCUCUGUCUAGCAGGUUAAAUUGAAAUCAUCACUCAUCUUAUAAUUAGGCAAAUCCCCACUUGAAA